CACAGACAAGAAAUUGUUGUUUGUUUUACACUGUACGGUACGGCACGGCAGUGUGAAGUGAAGCCGUCAUCCUCCAUUAAUAUAUACCGCCAAUUAACACUCCUCUCCAAGUCUCCGAGCUGAAGAAGCUGCUGCAAUUAAUAAUAUGCACACCCCUUGCGCCAGCUUAUUCUUAUCACCCCCUUCUCAUGUCUCUUUGAUCCCCAUUUCAUCCUUUAAUCUUUCCCCGGGUUCCAGAAACAAGCGAUCUCUUGCUUCACCUCACUGCCAAGGUACUGGCCGGACAUUUGGUUCUCAUAAAUUGUCCAGGGAAGCUUUUCAUAUCCCAACUUCAUGGCUCUGGAAUAACCUAUGGAGGAAGCGUAAUUCAAAUAUUUCAUCAACCUUGACUGAUGAUAGUCCAACAAUGGCGGAAUCAGAGAAAGAAAUUGAAAAUGUCCACCUUCUUAGCCUGGACCGAGGACUGGAAUCAUAUAAAGAUCACUUCAGAUAUAGAAUGAAGAGAUAUUUGGACCAAAAAAAGCUCUUAGAAAAUUAUGAAGGGGGUCUUGAGGAAUUUUCUUUAGGCUAUUUAAAAUUUGGUUUCACCAAAGAAAAUGGUGGCAUUGUCUAUAGGGAAUGGGCACCUGCAGCUCAGGAAGCAGAAAUUAUAGGUGAUUUUAAUGAAUGGAAUGGGUCUCGCCACCGGAUGGAGAAGGACAAGUUUGGUGUAUGGAGCAUAAAUAUCCCUGAUGAUGAUGAAGGAAACCCAGCUAUCCCACAUAAGUCUAGAGUUAAGUUUCGUUUUAAAGACGGGAAUGGAGCUUGGGUUGAUAGGAUCCCUGCUUGGAUAAAGUAUGCUACUGUAGAUCCUACAAAGUUCGCUGCUCCUUAUGAUGGCGUCUACUGGGACCCACCAGCUUCUGAAAGGUAUGACUUUAAAUUCCCACGUCCUUCUCAACCCAAGGCCCCACGCAUAUACGAAGCUCAUGUUGGGAUGAGUAGCUCGGAACCUCGUGUCAACUCAUACCGAGAAUUUGCCGAUGAUGUUUUGCCUCGUAUUAAGGAAAACAAUUAUAACACAGUCCAAUUGAUGGCUAUAAUGGAGCAUUCCUACUAUGCAUCAUUUGGGUAUCAUGUCACAAACUUUUUUGCGGUGAGCAGCAGGUCCGGAACGCCGGAUGACCUUAAGUAUCUGAUUGAUAAAGCACAUGGGUUAGGUUUAAGGGUCUUGAUGGAUGUUGUUCACAGCCAUGCUAGCAACAAUGUCACUGAUGGCCUUAAUGGCUUUGACAUUGGCCAAGGCUCACAAGAGUCUUAUUUCCACAGUGGAGACCGUGGCUACCAUCAAGUGUGGGAUAGCAGACUCUUCAACUAUUCCAAUUGGGAAGUCCUUCGUUUCCUUCUUUCAAACUUGAGGUGGUGGCUUGAAGAGUACAAAUUUGAUGGGUUUCGGUUCGAUGGAGUUACUUCUAUGUUAUAUCAUCAUCAUGGUAUCAGUUUUUCAUUCACGGGAGACUAUAAUGAGUACUUCAGUGAGGCAACAGAUGUCGAUGCUGUGGUUUAUUUGAUGCUUGCUAAUACGCUGAUCCACAGUAUCAUGCCCGAUGCGACUGUGGUUGCUGAGGAUGUGUCCGGUAUGCCCGGACUUUGCCGACCAGUGUUGGAGGGGGGUAUCGGGUUUGACUAUCGGCUAGCAAUGGGUAUUCCGGACAGGUGGAUGGAUUACUUGAAGAAUAAGAAGAGUGUUGCGGAUUGGUCAAUGAAGGAAAUAACACGGAGUUUGACGAAUAGACGUUACAAUGAGAAAUGUGUGGCUUAUGCUGAGAGUCAUGAUCAAGCUAUUGUUGGAGACAAGACUAUUGCAUUUAUGCUAAUGGACAGUGAAAUGUAUUCUGGCAUGUCUUGUUUGACAGAAGCUUCUCCUGUUGUUGAUCAAGGAAUUGCACUGGUCAAGAUGAUCCACUUUUUAACGAUGACAUUAGGAGGAGAAGGAUACCUAAAUUUCAUGGGUAAUGAGUUUGGCCAUCCUGAGUGGAUUGACUUCCCUAGAGAAGGAAACAAUUGGAGUUAUGACAAGUGUAGGCGUCAGUGGAAUCUUGUGGAUACGGCUCACUUGAGAUACAAGUUCAUGAAUGAAUUUGACAGGGCCAUGAAUUUGCUUGAUGAGAAGUUUUCUUUCCUUGCUUCAGAAAAGCAGAUAGUAAGCAGCAUAGACGAAGAUAAUAAGGUAAUUGUAUUUGAGCAUGGAGAUCUGGUGUUUGUAUUUAACUUUCAUGCAGAGAAUACAUAUGAGGGGUACAAAGUUGGAUGCGACUUGCCAGGCAAAUAUCGAGUUGCAUUGGAUAGUGAUUCUUGGGCCUUUGGCGGGCAUGGAAGGGUGGGACACGAUGUAGACCAUUUCACAUCACCAGAAGGGAUACCUGGAGUUUUUGAGACAAAUUUUAAUGGUCGUCCAAACUCGUUCAAAGUCCUCUCUCCUGCUCGGACUUGUGUGGCAUAUUACAGGGUGGAAGAUAGCACGGAGGAAGUAACAGCCAGUGAAUCUGAAACCAUGCCAAUCAAUGUAGCUUUGGUGGCAAGUGAUGAUGAUGGUCUCCAAGAAUUACCCACCGUAAAUGAUAGUGGUGUCGGUAAAAGUGAGAAAAAAGAGGAGUCGGAGUCGGAGGAGGAAGAGAAAGCAAAGAAUCUGCACAUGGACGAAGAAGUCCAAGGUGAUCAGCUGUCCACCAUUAAAAGUGAGACAGAAGAGUCGGAGGAGAAGGAGAAAAUGAGUCAAAUGACGAAUCUGCCCACCAUUAAAAGUGAGACAGAAGAGUCGGAGGAGAAGGAGAAAGUGACGAAGCUGCCCACCAUUAAAAGUGAGGCCAUGUUUACCAGUCUAGGUGAAGAAGGUCAUCAGAAGUCUCCUGCCAUUAGUAGUAGUGAAGUCAGGGAAAGCGAGACUGAAUGUCCAGAUGAGAACAUGAAUGAAUCUCAAUGAUGUAUACACAUACAUGUAUGUUGUGCUGGGCUGCUGUUGUGAGAAUCUCGUUCAUUUUUACAGUUUUUUUGGUGCCAUGGAUUGGAAGAG